CAUUCACGGGAACUUAUGGUCGGACUAUGUACGUGUAAACAAGCUUCUUUCACAUAAAAAUUUUGGUGUAACAAUAAAAAUUCACAUAAAAUUCAGGUUCACAUUUCACAUAAAAAUUCAACAUUUCCCACCGCUAAAUACAUACAUCGUAUGCAUAUGUAUGUAUUUAAUUUAAUAAAGAUUAAGUGUAUAGUUUUGUGGCGUGCACGGAGCAGUUAAAUAAUUCGUUGAAAAUACUGUACAUAUAUAGGUCGAUUCAAAAUGGUAACUGCAUGCAUUUGCAAUUCGUAACGUGAACAAACACGAAAGUCUGCACAUAGGAAUUUCCAAAAUUGGAAUUGGUUUUCGAACCCGGAUAUAAAUUUAUAAAUCAUUAAAUACAUAAAUCCUGAGAUAUGUAGGAGAUUUUAACGUAUAAAAUUUUUUGGAAUACAUUUUACCAUGUAAAAGUAUCCACCUCCUAGUAAAAAGUAAUUAUCUAAGAGAAUUAUAUAAAUUAUAGAAGUAUUUACUUUAAACCACUUGCUCUGUGAAUAAAUACAUUUUCCAAUUGAUUAAAAGUCUUUUGUGCAAAAAUUUAAUUCAUAGAUUCCUUGAAUUUCUGUGAUUUUAUGUAGCCACCACAUACACAAAGCAAGUGUUGCAGCAGCUGUGGUUACAAUAAGUUUCGCCACGUAUAACAAAUAUUAAUUUAUCACUGGAACCUUGAAAUUUAUGGUGGCGUGAUAAAUUUGGAUAGGUUCCCAUUAACCUGGACAGUUUCUAUUAGUUCGGUUAGUAACGGAAAAUUUAGUGGAGAUUUACGGGAGUAAAAAUGGUUACAUUUUUAAUGUUCAUCUUAAUAUUGGGGUUGACACAAAAAGGUGUAUCACAAACUACAGGAAUUUUGAACGGAAAUGAGUACUAUGCAGCCAAAGUGGGUACAAACGACUACGUUUUUUUCAAGGUAGCAGCUGGAUGUAAUGUGACUCCAUGUCAGACUUGGUGUUCAGCUCUGGGUAUUGCUAACUCGGAAUGCUCGAAUGAUUUACAAACAUGUGCAUGUUAUGCGCCUGGUGCGCCGUGUUGCGGUGGCGGUGGUGGAUCGGCAACAACUACGACGACAACAACAUUGGCACCAGUAACUAUCCCGCCGGUUGUGACAACACUGAUUGCUACGACGUUACCCACAACGACAAUUGGUUCAAUUACUGGACUGCCUUCUUUUACCACGACUGUAGCAACAACUACAACAACGGCAGCCCCGGCAACAACUACAACAACGGCAGCCUCAGCAACAACUACAACAACGGCAGCCCCGGCAACAACUACAACAACGGCAGCCUCAGCAACAACUACAACAACGGCAGCUCCUGCGUCAACUACAACAACGGCAACACCUGCGACAACGACAACAACGGCAGCACCUACGACAACGACAACGACGGCAGCUCCUGCGACUACCGCGACAACGGCAGCCCCUACGACUACCACGACAACAGCCGCCCCUGUAACUACGACAACGACGGCAGCCCCUACGACUACCACGACAACGGCAACCCCUGCGACUACCACGACAACAGCCGCCCCUGCAACUACGACAACGACGGCAGCCCCUACGACUACCACGACAACGGCAACCCCGAUAACAACUACAAUAACGGCAGCCCCCGCAACAACUACAACAACGGCAGCUCCUGCGACUACAACGACAACGGCAGCUCCUGCGACCACAACGACAACGGCAGCCCCUGCAACAACUACAACAACGGCAGCCCCUGCGACAACUACAACAACGACAGCCCCAGCGACAACAACAACGGCAGCACCUGCGACAACGACAACGGCAGCUCCUACGACAACUACAACAACGGCAGCCCCAGCGACAACGACAACAACCACGGUCCCAACGACAACUACGACGGUUCGAACGACACCCGUAACUAUCCCAACAACUGUGCGUACCACGAGAAAGUAUUGGUAAUGCUAAAGCAACUAGUAGCUAUUGGCUGGUCAAAUUGACAUAAAUAUUUCAAAAUAUAAACGGAAAAGUACCCUGCCUUCACCAGACGUAUAAGUAUAUGUAUGUACUUACAUACAAACUAUCUAAUAAAAAACUUGACACUGCA